GUCCACAAUUACAUACUCGCGCCUUACACUGGCUCGAUGCUUCUAUCCGUCUCCACUGACUCAGCCUUAAAGAAACUGGCCGCGGCAAAUAAAAAAAAAAGUUAACGAGUUAAAGACGAGAAAAUCUGCGAUAACCCCUCCUAAGAGAACAAAACGCCGUAUACCCUCUCGGUCUUGAUUUCCCGUCCUCUGAAAUACUUAUCACACCUACUUAUUCCUCGUUCAACCACAAUAGAUCAAGGCCAUGGGCUGGUUUUGGUCAGACGGCCUUCAGGCCAAACUCAACGAGCAAGCCGCAUCACAUCCUACUCAAAAUGGGCCGCGAUCCCCCCCUCCCGGAUGUCCGAUGCAUAAACACCAGAAGUCUGCCGACGCAAUAAAUCCUUCAAGCUGCCCUGUGAAGCAUUCCCCUGUCAAUUAUGAACCUGCUUCGGAAUUCGGUGGAUCUCGCUCCUAUGCGAAGGGACGUAACGAACAACGCGAUUUCUUAGAACAAGAGAGGGAGUUUAAGGAGGAGGUUAAGGAAAGAGUAGAAACCGACUCACAAUCCGCGUUUUCGAAACUCAACCCUCUAAACUACAUGUUCCGCGAGUUGUCACAAGAGCCCGCUCCCGAUCAGACAUACGCCCUUCCCACCUCGCGAGAACCAUCAUCCAUCCCCAGAGGCGAUGGUGACGGGAAUUGGGAAUAUCCCUCCCCGCAACAAAUGUACAACGCUCUCCUCCGCAAGGGCUACACAGACACAGACGUUACCGCAGUCGACAGCAUGGUAAGCGUACACAACUUUUUGAACGAAGGUGCCUGGUCCGAGAUUAUGGACUGGGAGAGGCGAUUCUCCGGUGGUCUCUACAAGGGCUGGCGUAUGUGCAGUCGUGGUGAGCAGAACUUCUAUAAGAUGGUGAAGAAAUACGGUUACGAAAAGGAGGUAAAGGAUCUUAGUCCAAGUUUGGUCAGAUUCCAAGGUCGACCACAGGAUAUGACACCUAAAGCAGCUAUGUUCCAGGUCAUGGGCUGGUUAUAUCCCGGUGCCUUCGCUACUGAGCCGCCUUUUGACCGGCACGAUUGGUAUGUAACCCGAGAAGUUGAUGGCCAACGAAAAGAAAUCCGGUAUGUUAUCGAUUAUUAUUCCGGGCCACCCGAACCUACCGGGGAACCAGUGUUCUUCCUUGACGUACGACCCGCCGUCACGCCGACGGGAGCAGCUGAGAGGGCAUUGCGAUGGGGAUGUGAUGUAUGGUGGAGAGCGAUAGGUGGCGAUGUGCGCGAGCGCGAGAAGCACAACAAGCCCAAGUGAUGCGACAAAUAUAUCGAAGACAAACGCAACCACAAAUAAAUGACGUCAAUUGAUCGCGGAGUUCGGACUUGCAUUGCAGGGUGUAUCAAUAGGGGAGUUGGGCAUGUUACGACGACACCUUGCGAUGCAUCACGAAGUACCUUUGUUUUUCUGUACCAUAGUCUACAGAUUCUACUAUCUCCUCUUCGCCGGAAAGAGUGUCACCGGCAACGUGUUGAAAUCGCGCUGUAAGCCUCACCAGCAAAUGACCCGCUGGUCCGCCGAUUAAUAUAUAGACCGAGCUAACAAGCCGAAAACUACACUUAAUCGCUAUUGUUUCAUAAGCACAACGAUCGCGGCCGUUGUACCAAAGUGCCGCUACCUAGUAACAUAAUUAUUAAAUGUUAAUAAGCCGGGUAAAUUUAAGGUAGUUGGCGCUCGACUAAUACAUCUUGAGAUCUCGU